AUGAUUCGCUUGCCUGCUACCAGCAUUUCCCUCUCGGAGCGAGACAUCGAUUUCCACCUUCGACAGGCGGAACUCUACCAUGGCCUUCGGAAACAGGGUUUCAAAAAGGACGACGUUGUCCGCUACCUGAGAGACUAUCGCGACGGCGCAGCAGAAGCAGCCAGCCACGACAAGCACGGCUUCGAUCUGUCCACCCCCAGCACUGUUGAACUGUCCAGCAGUCGUCCUCGCCUGGCGUCCACCUCGAACGGCGAUCUGCCACUACCGUUCAAGCGAGGAUCGGGCCACCCUUCUUCGACCGCGCCAACGAGUACCUCAUCCAUCCCCUUUCCAGACUUCGCUUCCGAUCCCAGUAAACCCAAAUCCGAAGACGGGCAGCUUAUCUACCACAAGAUCCAAGAUGUUAAUGAUGGUCGGAAAGUCUCGCCAGCCUCGAUGCCGUCGUCUAUUAACACCAAUCAGCAUGCUCCUCGAAAAAGCUCUCUGCUCCGUUUCGCCCAAGCUGCGUCUCCAGAACGGCUCUCUGCUGAUACCGAGGACGGAACAAUCGGGGCCCCUGUAGUGAAUACCCCCAAAGCCAAGAAGUACCGACGUCGGAGUACCACCUAUCCGUACCAAUCCUCUGAACGGGAAUCUGCAGGCGAGACAUACGUAGAUGGCCAGGUCUUGGACCGCAUGAACCGAAUGUCCUUGGGGGAAGACGAUCUCCAUGAUGAGCUGGAGAGCUCAUCUUUCGCACUGCCACCAGCAUACUCCGAUAGCGUCCGGACUUCUUCAGCCUCUGAUCUCGAGUUCGCCAGCCCAAUGAGUGGAGAUGGAUCUGGAGACUCGCCAAGUCUCUCGUUCGCCCGCGCGCCCAUGACCCAUCGACGAAACAGCAGCCAGCUAGAACGUGGAAACUCGAUUGCAGAUGUACCCAGCUCUCCUCCUCUUCCGAUAGCCCCAGCCAGGGAAUUCACCAGUCGAGCCCGUGCGUCUCCUGACUCCUCUCAAGUGCCGACCACACCAACUCCCAUUCGCAAGGCUAGCAGUGUCCCACGCACCGAACCAAGACCUUACAGACCGCAGCUUGAUGGGCACUCUUUCUCGGUGUAUAACGACUCGCUUCCUGCGUCUUCUCAGCCUGAAACACCAGCCGACCUGUCGAGACAACCAUUGAUCACUGAGCAUGAGGCCGCUUAUACCGCACCCCCUGCGAUGGUUCGUUCAGGCCAUCACGGUCAACGCACUUGGGAGUUAGAUCAGGGUGAACAGAGCCCGACCGCAAGAGCUAUGACGUUGCGUGGCAGGAGAAAUCGAGAGUUGACGCGGAGUGUCAGGGCUGAAGGAGUGAGGUUGAACAGACUCAUGAUGAGGGGGGAGGCUAUGUUCACACAGCGAGGAUUGCGAGCUGCCGCUGCGGCAAACGGAGAUGCUGUGGUAGCGGCGUUGCCACAGAUUCCCGACGACGUCUGGAGGGAUAAUCUGGAUGCGGACCGUGUUGGGGAGGAGAAUUUCGAGACGGAGCUUGAUGUUGGCGGAAGACGAGUGAUGAGGGCUGUCAGUGGCAAUGCCAGAUUCGACGCUUAA